AUGGCUAAGACGUCUUCAUACCGGUUGCCGGACAAGAAGUACGGCUUCCCGCCUAGCUCCUUUGAUCCAGAAAAUCUCCCCGACUACGACCAUGAGUUUCUCACACCGCAGGAGCUCGAUGCCUUCAUCCAAGCCCUGAGCGCCCCCGACCCGAUCCAGCCCUCGGAGGAUGCAUCGACGGUCAGAAUAUCGAGCCCCGGCCUGCAGACCACCAGCAGCUGGGACGUGACCAAGCGCGCGUCCAGCGUCCUCGAGGAAGACCCGCAGAGCGCCGACACCUCCGCCUCCACGCCGAACGGCUCGGUUGGCCCGAACGGCGCGGCCCACCAGUCGCGCGACAGCCUCUUCAUCACGGCGCAGAACGACUGGGCGCCCGUGAACCAGAAGGUCGUGCGGCCGGGCAACCGCCGCUCGAGGAGGAAGGGGCGGCGCGCGGCCGGCAACGUCCUCGGCCGUCGCACCAAGGACGAGACGCGCGAGGGCUACCUCUACGGCCUGCUCAAGUGGCCGUUCCUGCUGUUCGUGGGCGGCUGGAUCAUCGGGCUGGCCGUCACUUACGUGUUCACGCGAACGUACAUAUCGUUCUACGAGCAGUUUGUCACCUGGAGGGGCCGACGAGAGCAGCUGCGGCGGAACAUGAGAGCUACUGCGAACUACAAAGACUGGAGGACGGCUGCCAAGCAGCUCGAUGAUUACCUGGGAAACCAGGCGUGGAAAGAGGAGAACGAAUUCGCAUAUUAUGAUCACAAGACUGUGAGGAGGGUAUGGGACCAGAUGCGAAAAUACAGGGCGAAGGCCGAAGAUGUCGAGUCCAAGCUAGACGGCAGAGCGAACUACCUCGAGGCAAGCAAUGAAGACCAGGCGAAUCGCGAUGACCGGUCGGCUGUGGAAGAUCUCAAGUCUCUGCUUGUUGCUUGCGUCAAGAACAACUUUGUUGGUGUCGAGAACCCGCGGCUAUAUAGCCAGACAUACUAUGGUACAAAGAACCUGGUGCAGAACUUUGUCGAUGAAGUGGAAAAGAGUUUGAGGUUUGUCCUAGACACCAAGCAGCUCCGGCUCGACGAGAAGCGAGUUAUAUUCAAGAGUAUGCAUCAAAACUAUGGCCGUACAGCCUUGUGUCUUUCCGGAGGCGCGUCUUUCGCUUAUUACCACUUUGGCGUGGUAAAAGCAUUACUAGAGGAAGAUCUCCUGCCAGAUGUCAUCACCGGCACCAGUGGCGGCGCCCUUGUGGCAGGCUUAAUUGCCACUCGCACGAACGAGGAACUGAAAGAGCUCCUCGUGCCUGCAUUAGCACAUAAGAUCACAGCAUGUUCGGAGCCAUUCACCGUCUGGUUUCGACGUUGGUGGAAGACUGGUGCUAGAUUCGACUCAGUUGACUGGGCGAAGCAGUGCUCGUGGUGGACGCACGGCUCAAUGACUUUUAGGGAGGCAUUUGAGCGUACAGGUCGCAUUCUGAAUGUCUCUUGCGUACCAGCAGAUCCACAUUCGCCUACUAUACUCUGCAACUAUCUCACAAGUCCGGACUGUGUCAUCUGGUCGGCUGUCCUGGCAUCCGCGGCAGUCCCUGGGAUUCUGAAUCCUGUGGUGCUUAUGAUGAAGACUCGCGACGGCAAUCUCGUUCCUUACUCGUUCGGUCACAAAUGGAAGGAUGGCAGUUUACGGACAGAUAUUCCUAUCAAAGCGCUGAACUUGCAUUUCAACGUCAACUUCACCAUCGUCAGCCAGGUCAACCCGCAUAUCAACCUGUUCUUCUUCUCUUCUCGCGGAAGAGUUGGCCAGCCGGUCACCCAUCGCAAGGGCCGCGGAUGGCGCGGCGGCUUCCUUGGAAGCGCAACCGAGCAAUACAUCAAACUAGACCUUACCAAGUGGCUCAAGAUACUAAAGCAAUUAGAACUAUUACCCCGGCCCCUGGGCCAGGACUGGUCUCAGAUAUGGCUGCAGCAAGGCUUCGGCGGCAGCAUCACCAUCUGGCCCAAGUCGAUCCCGUCCGACUUCGUCCACAUCCUCGCCGAUCCGGACUCGGGCCGCCUGGCGCGCAUGAUCCACGAGGGCCAGCAGAGCGCGUUCCCGACGGUCAAGUUCAUCGCGAACCGGCUGAAGAUCGAGCGGCUCGUCGAGCGGGGCCGGCGGGAGACGCGGCCGUUUGCGAGGCGCGGCAGCAUUGAGAGCAUCAUCAGCGAGGACGACCUGCGGCACCUGCUGCGCCGCCCCGGCACGGCGAGCAGCGUCACUGGCACGGACGAGGACACCACGGCCGAUGAGGCCGAUCACAAGGAGGAGGCCGUCGCUGAUGACGAGGAGUUUGCCGACGCGGCGGAGAGUGUUGCGAUGCUAGAUUCGACGAAGGAGAACUGA